AUGAUCUCGGAUGUAUGGCGCAGGUUCUUCAAUAUUUUGAUUGCACAACUGACCGAUUCAUUCGAGCACGAAUCAAACAAGCAAUCGAAUGUCUUAAGUCAAAAAACACUCGCACCUCAUCAACACAUCGAGGAUGAUGUCCGAAAACGGAAGAAAAUUCAAGAGAAACAAAGUGAAAUGGAGAAUACAGCUUCGAACGCUGAGAAUAAGAAACCCGAAGAGUUGUUUGAGGACCCUUUUUGA